UGCAAUGUCUUCAAAGACUCGUACGAGGUGUCACUCCACUGCUACUUUAAGUACCUCGGAGUUGGUAUAGUUUGUUUACUUGUUACACUUCACACCAGCAGAGUUUCCGGAUGGCUCUUCGAAGUGUGAGCAGAAAAUCCCUACCUCUUGGGCUAGCGGUUGGGCACGUUCGUGGGUUGCAGAGCUUCUCGCUGCCAGAGCUGCCUUACGACUAUGGUGCUCUGGAGCCAGUGAUUAGCGGAGAGAUCAUGCAACUCCACCAUCAGAAGCACCACCAGACCUACAUCACCAACUACAACAAGGCGCUCGAGCAGCUCCACCAGGCCCUCGCCAAGGCUGAUUCCCCUUCCAUCGUCCAAUUGCAGAGCGCCAUCAAAUUCAACGGCGGAGGUCAUAUAAAUCACUCGAUUUUUUGGAAGAAUCUUGCACCCAUUAAAGAAGGAGGUGGUGAACCUUCAAAGGCUUCCCUAGGCUGGGCCAUUGACACACAGUUUGGCUCUCUUGAAACAUUAAUUCAAAGAGUCAAUGCGGAAGGUGCGGCUUUGCAAGGCUCUGGAUGGGUGUGGCUUGCUCUGGAUAAAGAGCUGAAGAAGCUUUCUGUUCAAACCACUGCAAAUCAGGAUCCACUUGUAACUAAAGGAUCAGCUUUGGUUCCAUUGUUUGGCAUAGAUGUUUGGGAGCAUGCAUACUACUUACAGUACAAAAAUGUGAAAGCAGAUUAUCUGAAGAACAUAUGGAAGGUUAUAAACUGGAAAUAUGUGAGUGAAGUUUAUGAGAAAGAGAAUCCUUGAGACAAUAAGAGCAUAUUUCUGUGAAUAGGUUUUUACUGAAUGCAGGGUCUGACGAUGUUUCUGUAAGAAAAAUAAACGUCAGUGAAAAUGGGAGUUGGGAAGUUUGUAAUGAGAGUUGCUGUCUUUUGGUAAUCUUUCCAAGUAUCGGAUGAUUUGCCUGUCAUAAGAUUUACUUUCUUUUGGUUUUGCUUGUUCUCUAA